CAGCUUCACCUCUCAAAAGUUCUGCUAGGACGCUUACGCUUAUCCUGCGAUAAGCAGUACUCUCUAAAAAGGAUCUUAUCCAACCUAGAGCGAUAGGAAGAUCUACCACUGUUGGGCCUCCAAGUUCUGGUUGAAUUCGAAAAACUUGUUGAAGAAUGUCUGGAGAAGAUAGUUCUGCUACUACUAUGGCCGUCGAUGCGGUUACUACGACGGAAACUCCCGCCUCUACCACUACCACUACUGCCGCAGCUGCUCCCUCAGAAACUGCAACAACAACCAACCCCGAAAAACCCAUCGAAGACGGGGAAGCGCUCGCCAAGAUGGAAAAAGCUCGUCAACAAGUCGAGUUCUACUUUGCAGAUUCGAAUUUGCCUUAUGACAAAUUCAUGUGGACCCUGCACACCAAAGACCCCGAACACUGGAUCCCCCUCUCCACCAUCGCCUCCUUCAAACGCAUGCGCGAAUACACCGCCCUCGGCGCCGAGUUCGUCUUGAACGCCCUGCGCCCCUCGACCUUCCUCGAGCUCGACGAGAGUGGGAGGGAGGGUGCCGAGUUGGCUGGUGUGAGGGUUAGGAGGAAGACGGAGGUUAGGGAGGUGAAGGAUGCGUUUGAGAGGAGUGUUUAUGCUAAAGGUUUCCCGGAGGAAGACCCCACACUGCAGAAACGCCUCGAAGAGUUCUUUGCGACGUUCGGCAAGGUGAAUUCGGUUAGGAUGAGGAGGGACGAGCAUAAAAAGUUCAAGACCUCCGUGUUCGCUGAAUUCGCCGAUUUCGAGACUGUGGACAAGUUCCUCAAGGCUGAUCCCAAACCUACGUUUGAAGGGAAGGAGUUGUUGAUUAUGUCCAAACACGACUACUGCGAAAUGAAAAUCAAAGAAAAAGGUCUAACCGGAAAGGCCGCGAACCACCGCCGCGAAAUGCUCGCCAAAGGACGGGGAUUCGACGCCUUCCGCGAGUCCUCUACCUCCUCCCCUUCUUCCUCCUCCAAAGACGAACCCAAAGAAAUCCUCCUCGAAUACAUCGGAAACCGCAUCCCGAUCAAAAAAGAUUCCGAAGGGAACGGCUAUGUGGAAGAAUCCUCCAUCCCUUUCGUGCGAGGUGCUACACUCCGGUUCGACGGCUGCGCCGGGGACUGUACCUGGUCCGACAUCAAAGACCCUAUCAAAACCCUCUUCGACGGUAAACCGCCCUAUAUCAAGUUUACUCGGGGUGAUGAUUUUGGGUUGGUGGGAUUCCAUAAGGCGUUGAGUGAGGAGGAGGUGGAGAAGGUUAAGGAGGCGGUGAGGAAGGUUAAUGGAAGGGAGGUGAGGUGGAGUGUGCCCGGGGAGGAGGAGGAGAAGGCGUUCCAGGUUGAGAGGGCACAGGUGGCGGCGAGGGGGGCGAUGGCGCAGAUUACGGGAGGGGGGAAGAAGGCCGGGUCGGGUGGACGCGGUGGUGGCCGGGGAGGUGGACGUGGUGGCCGGGGAGGAAGGGGUGGUCGGGGUGGAGGACGAGGUGGAGCACGGGAUAACGGGAGGAAGGAGAAUGGCAAGGAGGCUUCAGGCGGGGCGAAGGAGGAGAAGGGCAAAGCUGAGGGAGGAGAUGUAGAGGUUGGUGAGAAGAGGAAGAGGGCUGUUGAGCCUGAUGGGGGACCGUAUACGGGUGUGAGGGGUACGAAUGCCCCGCCUGCGGUUGUUGCGUCUAGUGAGAGUGCGGCGAAGAAGGCCAAGACGGAUGCUUGA